CUCGAUGCCACAGAUUCUCAAGCUCGAAGACGAUCGUUAAAUAGUUUAAAUACCCUCGCUAGAUCACCUUGUCUUGCCAGAUACCUCGCAGGCGAAGUAUAUCAAGACAGACUCUCGUUUCAGUACUUAGCCACCAUGCAGUUCAACAUCCUCACCUUGACCGUCGCUCUGGCCGGCGCUGCUGCUGCCUUGCCCAAGAUCCCAGCAGUCUCCUGGAACCAGACUCAUGCCGUUACGAACGUGCAUGCGAUCAACCUGGUCAACUUGACCAAUUCGAACACGACUCGAACGGCGCAGCAGAAGAGCACUACGUUGGCCAGUCAAGCUGGUAGUAGUAGUUCGGAUAACGACGUCUGCACGACUCUCUGCUCUCUCCAGGCGCAGAUUUGCAGCAUGGCGCUCCCCACGCACGAUGACUACUGCUGGGGCACGUACCUGGACUGCAGCAGGAUGUGUGACCCGUCCUUGAUCCACUGAACCAAGAGGGAGAAUCUGACAGAUGAGCACGUGAUAUGGAUAUGAAACAUGGGUUAUGACUUUUUUUUUUCGGACGUAACGGGCGCUUUGGGAAAAUGGGUGUUUUGGAUGCGUGAUGGGAAAAUAAUGAUGGUUAUUAUUAUCUGGUUUGGUCUACACGGACACUGUUCGGGAUUUUAUGAGAUACGAUUCGACUCCUGUAGGUAGAGAAUGAAUGUCGAGAACAAAGAGUUCUAGUCUACUAUCCGGUGCCAGCUUAGUGGUGGGGUAAAUUG